ACCCAAUACAGCCGCUCCAACUUCAAAGUCCUCCCCUUUGUUGCCCUCUUCGCUGUGGGCACCGGUUCCUACGUCUUACUCGUGAAAUCCCGCACCGGCGUGCAUAAACCCAAGCCCGGUUCCAACUAAUUCGAUCCCACAAAACCAACCAUCACCACCACCACCACCAAAAUGACCACCCAACCCCGCUUCUCCCCCACCGACAUCACCGUGGUCUUCAUCCUCGGCGGCCCCGGCAGCGGCAAAGGCACACAAUCCAGCAACCUGGUCCGCGACUACGGUUUCACCCACCUGAGCGCCGGCGACCUCCUGCGCGCCGAACAAGUCCGCGAAGGCAGCCAAUACGGCGACCUCAUCAAGACCUACAUCCGCGAGGGCAAGAUCGUGCCCAUGGAAAUCACCGUCGCAUUGCUGUCCAACGCCAUGGCCGACGCCCUGGCCUCCGGCAAGAAACAACAGCAAGAGGGUGGCCCCAAGCCCCGCUUCCUCAUUGAUGGAUUCCCCCGCAAGCUCGACCAGGCCGUGUUCUUCGAGGAUACCGUGUGUCCGUCGGAGAUGACCCUGUUCUUGGAUUGUCCUGAGGAGGUCAUGGAGACGAGGUUGUUGAAGCGUGGAGAGACCUCCGGUAGAGAUGAUGAUAAUGCGGAGAGUAUCCGGAAGAGGUUCCGUACGUUCGUCGAGACUAGUAUGCCUGUUGUCAAGGCGUUCGAGGAGCAAAAUAAGGUGGUUUCGGUGACGGCGACGGGAUCGGUUGAUGAGGUGUAUGAGCGCAUUCGCGAGGGAUUUAAGAGUAAGGGCAUUAAUCCUUUGUAAGGUUGGUUUUUUGGGUUCUUAAAAUAUUAUAUCAUGUGUGUAUGGUUAGGUGGUACAUAGAUGGAUAGAUGGCAGGUAGAUACGUGAGAGCCACAGUGAUGAGUAGUACAUUUAACUACAUCCUGAUCCUAGUAGCAACUAUAUAUAUGCUUAUAUCUUGAGUAAUUUACCCUUGCUGCAACACCCCAAAUUGUUCUAUGUAUGUAUAAAGUAGUACUAGGUACUUGGGAAUAUACAUAAAAACUCAGUUACACACUCGGCAUAACUCGUAUCAUUGUCAGUCAGGCUU